AUGUCCGCUAGCCAACAAACCACCCGUUCUCGUGAUUCCGGAGUAUUCGUUGACCUUGAUUUCGACAUUAGCGAAAAGAUUUGCACACCUUAUAGCCAUUAUUUAGGAUUUGACGUCCCGGUAAAAAAGUCGAUCCGCAAAGAACCCGAAUACGAACCAUUUUUCACCACAUAUUCACUAGAAGUAGUUUUACCUCCAAAGAUGGCUUCAAACACACACAUUCCUUUUUCUGGUUACCUUGGCUUCGAAACUUCACCAAAACCAAUAAAACGCGAACAUAAACGCCCACAACGCAAAACUUCAUUUUAUUUCGUUAAUUUGAACGACUCUGCAUCACAUUAUGAUGACAUUGAGCCCAUAAACGAACCGAUUGAAACUACUUUGAAAAGCUCUCCUAUAGAAGACAAAGUUAUUGAAUCACCUUGCAUUUUACAAGCAAAUCGUACUAUUCAAUUAUUAAGAGAGGCACGUCAUAAAAUUGCCGCUCUUCGUAAACGUAAUUAA